GUCACCAGCAUCAGGUCAUCUGGCUUGCCAGCGGGCACCGCGUUCAAUCUGGCAAGGCAGUCGGGCUCUGAGUCAAUUGGCACGACAGCGGGCACUGGAUCAGGUACCGGAUCAUCUGGAUCAACAGCGGGCAUCGAGUCAACUGGCCUGAUAGGAUCGUCGGGCUGGAUCAGUUCAUCAUGCUGAGUAGCGGCAUCAGGCUGAAUGCAGGCUUCAGGCUGAGGAGAGCUUCAGGCUGAGGAGGAGGCUUCAGCUGAGGAGAGGCAUCAGGCUGAGGAGAGGGCAUCAAGGCUGAGGAGAGGCAUCAGCUGA